AUGGCCGGGGAGGACCGGGGCCCCAUCUUGAUCUGGACCACAUGCGUGUUCGGAUCUCUCGCCAUCUUACUCGUGGCUCUGCGCCUUGGCUUUCGAGGAUAUCGCAGGCGAUUGGACAUGUCGGAUUACUGCAUUCUCGCUGCGCUGCUGUGCUCUAUUUCCCAAGAAUGCUUCAACAUGAUAGCCGUGAUCUCAUAUGGUUAUGGCAAGCAUGCAGCAGACAUAUCUCCAUCAAUCAAAAACUCGAUUGUACCGAAGCAACUCUUCUUCGCAAACAUGGUAGUCUUCAAGCCGACCUACCUCUUCACCAAACUCUCCCUCUGCCUGGUCUAUGCGCAGCUGUUCAAGCGCGCAGACUCGACGACGGUGCGCAUCACGCGCGUGCUCGUGCACCUCACCACCUUCGUCGUCGUGGGCUACUACGUCUCGGCAACGCUCAUCAGCAUCUUCCAAUGCAACCCGAUCCGCAAAUCAUACCUCUCCAAAACGCCGGGAGCCUGCAUCGACCUGACGCAGUUCCGCUUCAGCGGGCACGCCGUCAACAUCGCCACCAGCAUCAUGGUCAUCUGCAUCCCGCUGCCCGCGCUGUUCAAGAUGAAAGACAAGCGGCCCGAGAUCAAACAGCUCCUCUUUCUCAUCCUCCUGGGGUUCGUUGAGAGUGCCAACAGCCACACCUCCUGCGCCAUCACCCGGCUCGUCUUCCAAUUCUUCCCCGACCCGUUGGCCAAAAAGGACCCGCAGUGGGCCAACACGAUCCCCAACACCAUCUCCAUGGUCGAGAUGGACGUGGGCAUCAUCGCCGCCUCGCUCGUCGUCAUGCGCCCCUGCUUCCAGUUCCUGUACAACGUCGCCACCGGCCGCUCCAACGACGAGCUGCUCCGCACCACCCGCACCGGCGGCGGGUACCACACCGGGUCCAAGCUGAGCAGUUUCGGCGGAGGGGGAGGCGCCAUGUCGAGCGUGUUGAGGCGGGACAAGAAGAUCAGCAAGGUUGUGGAUUUCGAGAUGGAGAGCAGGUUGGUUGGUGAGAGCAGACGGGGGAGCGCGGCGGAUGGGGAUGACGGAUACGUAAGAGAUGGCUUUGGGGGCGUCGCGGCGGCGGGGGCGGGGCCGGCGGUGAUAGAGUACGAGGUUUGGGGGGCUGCCCGGCAGAAGCGGAGAACGAUGAUAGCUUGA